UCUAUUAAGUCUGUUUUGUGUUUUGUGUUUUGUGUCUUAUUAUUAGUAAGACACCUUAUCUUCGCCAUCCUCUCUCAAUUCUUCCGCCCAGCCCAACCCAGCUUAGCUUCUUCUCCCAAAACAACUACUCUCUUUCUUCCCUAUCGCUCGCUCCCCCCGAUUAACCCAUUCAUUCAUCCAUUCAUUCAAUUUCAGGCGGAAGGAAGGAAGGAAGGAAGGAAGAAAGUAGUACAUAAUUCCAUCAUGGAUGAUUCUCAGACUCAACCCGCUUCUCUUCUCUCCUCCAUCUCCUCAUCUCCAACAGAGAUUGAAACCCAACUUAACGGAGGCAAGAGUAUCGCUAGCAGCAGCAAUGGCACCAUUCUUCAUUUAAAUGGUGGAACUACUGAUGAUGGCUCUUCUCUUUCUCAUCUUCAUGUUGAUGUUGAUGUUGAUAAUGAUGACGGCUACGUUAGUGGUAAGGAGGAGUUUGAAGAUAAUGAUUUCAAGAAUCCUAUCGAGGAAGAGGAGGAUGCCCCGGAGAACAAAGCAAGUCUAGUAGGAUUAGAUGAUGAUGAUGAUGAUACUGACACUUUCCUCGAUUCCUCACCAAUUCCCAUGCCCAAUGUUUCCACUCCAGCAAUCUUGGAAGCAGGCGGCGAUGAUAACAAUGAUGAUGAUGAUGAUGAAAAAGCUUCCCAAGGUGAGUUUUUAUUUGUCCCUGAAGAAGAAGAAGAAGAAGAAGAAGAAGAAGAAAAAGUUGUCCAGAAUGCUUCUUUUCAAGGGAAUAAUGAUGUUGCAGAUUUUACUAGUCCAGCAGUUGAUGUUUCUAAAGAAUCUGGAAUUAUUGCUGACAAUAAUACUGAAUUGAAGAAGGUGGAAGCUCCUGCCAUUUGGAACCACAUACCUUCUAAUGAACAUGAACAUGAACAAGCUAGCCAUGAAAUUCAAAAGUAUCUUGAGGAACUUGUGGAAACUGGUUCUGAAGCAGGUCCGGAAGACAGCUUGAAACUUGAGCCUUAUGAGGAUUCUGCUACAGAAAUAGUUAAUGCUUCUCAAGCAGCCCCAGAAGAAGCUACACAAGUUAAUGGAGAUGUUGAAGCUCAUUCCAUUUUGAGCAAUGCACCUUCUAAUGGACACGAACAUGAACAUGAACAUGCUGGCCAUGAAAUUGAAAAGUUUCUCGACGAGCUUGUGGAAACUGCUUCUCUUGCUAAGGUUGGUGCUUUUGAUUUGGUUUCCAUUGAUGACUUGGGCAAGUUCCAGCCAGAUGGAGGGACAACUGAAGCUUUGGGUUCCAUACAAAAACCUGGACAAUUUUCCAACAGGGUUGAAGAUGUUCCAACAGAAGUAGAUUCUGCUGCAACUGAAGGAGAUAAGGUUAUUGUUAAUCCCGAAGAAGGUUCCGAUGUUGGAAGUGCUGCUAUACUAUAUUCUGCUGAAACUGAAGGGGAUAAGGUUAUCGUUAAUCCUGAAGGAGGUUCCGAUGUUGGAAGUGCUGCCAUACUAUAUUCUGCUGCAACUGAAGGAGAUGGGGUUAAUAUUACUACUAAAGAAGGUUCUGCUGUUGGAAGUGUUGACUCGGUCCAUACACCACAAGAGAAAGUGUGUGUUGCUGGCGAUGUGAAAGCAAUAAAAGAUUCAGACGCCGGACCUGAACCAAUUGCAGUCAGCAGCAGUGUAUCGGCUCAUACGAACACUUCGGAAUUGGAUGCGUUGGAAGGGUCCUUUGAUGACAACAUUAGGACUUCCACAGUGACAGCAGAAAAUUAUGUUUCUGAGAAUGCUAUUAUUGGAGAUCCAGAAUCUGAGCCUUCUAAAGCUGUGCUGGAGAAUAGUGAUGAUGAAAAAACAGAUAUACCACAGAAUGAGCAUAAAACAGAAGCAAUAUCUGAUAAAAGUGCUGACAGGGUUGCUAAUACAGCUUCACUUGAGGGCUUCCAUAUGAAACUAGAAGCUGCAGAUGGAGAAGAUACAGAAGAAGAAGAAGAGUUUGACGGGUCAGUUUCAGAUGGCGGCGAAAUUGAUGACAUGAUUUUUGGAAGCUCUGAGGCUGCCAAACAAUUUAUGGAUGAAUUGGAACUUUCGGGCGCUGGUUCACACACAGUUAUAGACAGAAGCUCUUAUGAUCAAUCCGAUAGAAUGGAUGGUCAGAUUGUCACAGACUCAGAUGAAGAGGUGGAAACGGAUGAAGAAGGAGAGGGGAAAGAGUUAUUUGAUUCUGCUGCAUUGGCUGCUCUCUUGAAGGCGGCAUCAUCUGCUGGCUCUGAUAGUGGCAAUAUCACAAUAACUUCCCAAGAUGGAUCCAGGCUCUUCUCGAUUGAGCGUCCUGCUGGUUUGGGAUCCUCAGGUAUGUCUUUGAGGCCUGUCACCAGGCCAACCCAUCCAAGCUUUCUCCCUCCUUCCAAUCUUGCAAGAGCUGGAGAAUCUGAGGACAACUUGAGUGAAGAAGAGAAAAAGAAGCUGGAGAAGGUACAGGCAUUGAGGGUGAAGUUCCUGAGGAUUGUCCAGAGUCUGGGUGUUUCAUCUGAUGAAUCUAUUGCAGCACAAGUCUUGUAUAGGCUCGCACUUGUUGCCGGAAGGCAAGCUGGUCAAAGUUUUAGCCUUGACUCUGCUAAGCGGACUGCUAUAGAGCUUGAAGCAGAGAGAAAAGAUAACCUGGACUUCUCUGUAAAUGUUCUCAUCGUUGGGAAAUCCGGAGUAGGCAAGAGUGCGACCAUAAACUCCAUUUUUGGUGAAGAAAGAGCUUCUAUUAAUGCCUUUGAACCUGCCACUGCUGUUGUGAAGGAGAUGUCUGGAAUUGUUAAUGGAGUUAAGGUCAAAGUAUUUGACACACCAGGUCUGAAGCCUGGAGUAAUGGAACAGGCUUUCAACCGCAGAGUUUUGUCUUCUAUAAAUUCGUUAACAAAGAAAAAUCCACCCGAUAUUAUACUUUAUGUGGAUCGACUGGAUACCCAGACGAGGGAUCUUAAUGAUCUUCCUUUACUUAAGACGAUUACAAGUUCACUCGGAACGUCUAUAUGGAAAAACACAAUAGUAACCCUCACUCAUGCCGCCUCGGCUCCUCCUGAGGGCCCUUCUGGUUCCCCAUUGAGUUAUGAAAUGUUUGUUACUCAGAGAUCUCAUGUUCUGCAACAGUGUAUUGGACAUGCUGUUGGUGAUUUAAGAAUGAUGAGUCCAAGCUUGAUGAAUCCGGUUUCUUUGGUUGAGAACCAUCCUUCCUGCCGAAAGAAUAGAGACGGUCAAAAGGUUCUCCCUAAUGGCCAAACAUGGAGAUCCCAGUUGCUGUUGUUAUGUUUUUCUAUGAAGAUGUUGUCAGAAGCAAAUUCUCUCACCAAAUCUCAAGAUCCAUUUGACAACCGCAAGUUGUUUGGCUUUCGUACCCGUUCACCGCCGCUUCCAUACAUGCUAUCUUCAAUGUUGCAGAGCCGGCCACAUCCAAAGCUUCAAACUGACCAGGGUAUUGACAAUGGCGAUUCAGACAAUGAAUUGGCAGACUUGUCAGAUAUCGAAGAAGAGGAAGAAGACGAGUAUGAUCAACUCCCGCCAUUUAAGCCGCUCAGGAAAUCCCAAUUGGCCAAGCUUAGCAGAGAGCAGAGAAAUGCAUAUUUCGAGGAGUAUGAUUACAGGGUGAAGCUCCUCCAGAAGAAGCAGUGGAAAGAGGAGUUGAGACGAAUGAGAGAGAUGAAAAAGAAAGGGAAGACUCCUGAAACAGAUUACGGUUUCAAUGGAGAAGAUGAUCAGGACGCCAGUCCAGCUCCUGUGGCCACUCCACUUCCCGACAUGGCCUUACCGCCUUCAUUCGACAGUGGCAGCCCAGCUUAUAGGUACCGUUUCUUGGAGCCAACUUCCCAGUUUCUUGCUCGGCCAGUCUUGGACACUCACGGCUGGGACCACGAUUGUGGAUAUGACGGUGUCAAUAUCGAACAUGCAUUAGCUAUUUUGAGUCAGUUUCCAGCUGCAGUGAGUCUUCAGAUGACAAAAGACAAGAAAGAGUUCAGCCUCCAUUUUGACUCCUCCGUAGCCGCCAAACAUGGGGACAACGGAUCGAGUAUGCUUGGGUUCGACAUUCAGAACAUCGGGAAGCAACUUGCCUACAUCGUCCGAGGUGAAACUAAAUUCAAGACACUAAAGAGGAACAAGACAGCUGCAGGGAUGUCAGUUACCUUUUUGGGCGAAAACAUGGUGACUGGAUUCAAGGCGGAGAAUCAGGUUGCUUGGGGAAAGCAGUGGGCUGCGGUUACUAGCGCCGGUACUGUGAGAUGCCAGAGUGAGGCCGCAUAUGGUGCAAACAUUGAAGUGCAACGCAGGGAGAUCGACUAUCCAGUUGGGCAGGUCCAAUCUACUUAUGGUGUUUCUUUGAUUAGGUGGAGGGGAGAUUGGGCUUUGGGUUUCAAUACAAUGGCACAAUUCUCGGCUGGGCGUAAUUCAAAAGUUGCCGUUCGAGCUGGAAUAAACAACAAGAUGUCCGGUCAGGUUACUGUGAGAACGAGCAGUUCGGAGCAACUAGUGUUAGCACUUGCAGGUCUCCUGCCGAUUGUUACCAACAUCUACAAGAAAAUCUGGCCUGCCGUUGGAGGAGAGAAUUAUUCAAUCUAUUAGAACAAAGUAGUUUCUUGGUCAGUCAGCAUUAUUGGCGUCCGAUUAGCCAAACAAGGGGGGCCCAAGUAAAAGUUACAUUUCUUCUUUCAGGUGGUGCAAUUUAUGGAUAAUUUAUUCUUCUUCUUCUUCCUCCCUUUGGUAAGGACCUUGUUCGAUUUGGGAUGUUUCUUUUUUGUUAAGCAAUAUUAAGGAGUGGCAUUCCCUAAUUGUUAUCUUUGACAUUUUUUUUGUU